AUGAUGGAUCCGGCUACCGCAUUUCUUGUGCGCGCUGGGCACGAGCUCGCUGCAAGCCAGCCGCGCUUUUCAUGCGGAGCCAGUGCACAUCAAAAGCGAGUCUCCGAGGGUGGAUCUAAGAGAGCCUUGGCGGUCCUUCUCGGCGCUGGCGCCGGUGCACUCGGCUUGCCACGAAUCCGGUCACCCGGAAGGUCAAGAAGCCCAGGCGCACACACGCAAGGCAAGCACAGGUUGCCCAAAGUAGUGAUGGCCUCCUCAGGCGGGCGUGAGGCCCGUGAGGCCAUCCGGCAGUGCUUGCGAGAGAACCGUACGAUGCCAGUGCUCCAAGCUUUGCCCGAAGACUCUCUCCAGCAGAUUUUGGAUACCAUGACACGGAUGGAGCUGGAGCCGGGCACGCACAUUUUUAGGAGGGGUGAGCCUGUGGAUGUUGUCUAUGUCGUGGAAAGUGGAGAGCUCAGCGUCUUCAAGCGCCUCCAAGAGGAGGACGAGGAAGAAAUCGAAGCAACGACCUUGGGGACGGGGAGUUACAUCGGAGAGCUGGGCCUUUUUUAUGAUCGGACCUGCAUGGAAUCGGUUUGCGUUCGAGGAACUCAGCCCGCAACAGUUUGGCAGCUCUGCCGAGAGGACUUCUUCAGCAUCAUCGACCAGCUUGCAAACACGGACGACGAUCCCGGCUGCGAGGUCGAUCCUGACCAGAUGGACGAAGAGCCAGCUGCGAUCUUCGCAGUUUCGGACGGCUCCGGCUAUUCUGCAGGAGGCGCUGUGACCCUGGCCCUGAAGCAGUUCGAGUACAGAUAUCGGAGCAACUGUCAGAGUGUCGGCACGACCACCUUUCCAUACAUUCGGUAUAAACCUGAGAUACUCGAGAUCACGCGGCGAGCGAGGGAGGAAAAUGCGCUGGUUGUCUAUACAUUGAUGCGCGAAGAGCCUCGCGAAGCCAUCAUCGAGGAACUGCAGAGGCCGACAAAGCCCGGAGAGAACGAGCUUCGUGCGGUGGACCUCUACGAGCCAUUGCUGGCAUCCAUGGAGGAGUUGCUGGGCAUCCCCAGGAAAUCCGAGGUGCGCUCUGCACUGCGCUCACGGCUGUCGGAGGAUUGCAUCAACAUGGUGGAGGCCAUUGAGUUCACCCGGAAGCUUGAUGACGGUAUGCACCCAGAGCUGUGGUCCGAAGCCGAUGUUAUUCUUAUCGGCCUUUCUCGCGCAGGCAAAACACCACUAGCGUUCUUCCUUGCCCAGCGAGGUUUCAAAGUGGCAAACUAUCCCGUUAUUCCGGGUGAAGAUCCACCGAAACAUCUCUUUGAUCCAGCUAUUCAGCACAAAUGUGUCGCGCUGACAAUCCAGGCUCAACGUUUGCACGCUGUCCGCUCGGCCCGCAUGAAAGACUACGGAAGGGAGGAGUCGAAGUAUGCCUCGAUGGAGAACUGCAAGAAGGAGGUGAACUGGCUGAAGACCUUCUAUAUGCGGCAGGGUCCUCAUUGGACGGUUCUGGACACCACGAAUGGUGGUGUGGAGGAAACAGCUGCAAAGGUGCUCAAGGUCUUGCAGCAGUUGAAAGGCGUCAAGCAUGCAACUGGACAAUUCGUCAACCCUUCCAUGGAGUGA